ACACUAAUAUAGCUGAAGCUGGUCCAAUACAGUUUACGAGAUUCCUGCGACCUGUAGCUGACACGACAUGUACGCAAUGGAGAAGUGACCUGGAGAAGUAUUCGGAUUUUGCAUGUACAUAACCCCUUUUUCUGACUGCCCCGUAGUAGUUGCAGGCUCACAACGAGAUACAACUGCAACUUCGUGCUCAAGGCCCGGUGAGUCUUUAUCCGCGCCAUCACCCAAAUAUCCAUACCAAGUAUCCAUGUCAAGGGCGAUGAGUUGCUGCGUGGGACUGCAAAGAAUUGCCUACUUUUCCAACAGUUGCCCCGGUCGAUACGGUCACGGUGUUUUCCAAGCUACGGCUCAAUCAUCUCUCCAAUCCACGGACCUGUCACUUCACACCAAAGUCUCAAGAACUAUAGCCAGUGUCGUUGUUAUAGCCACAGAUAGACUUAGCCUGCUCGACUUUCCAUUCCAUCGUCUUCAUUAUUGUCGUUUUCGAUGGGAUCCUAGAUUUUAUCAAUAUUGCAUACAGUCGGUCACACAGCUCAGAUUUCAUGUAACAAUGUAUGACAAACCAACCAGAUCACAACCUGCACAGUCAGUAUGAGCUAUCACGAAGGGAUCAAGAACAGCUGUCAGACGAAGCGAAACGGUCUAUAAGCGAAACUUGCGACAGGAACAGCGAAACUUGAGAGCAGAAAAGCAGCCCCUACGAUGGCCAAAUCUCGAAAAUUGGAGCAAGGAACAAACUGAGCACGAGUCCAAUCGCAGCCAUCCAUACAGCACUGUCCCACAGAAUGUUUA